UCCAUUUUGCCUAGAAAGAAUGUGUUUGACGUUUGACAGUAAUUUGACAACUAUUUCAUUUUGCUUGCUGCAUAGACCUAUUUCCUACUUCAUUGGCUUGCUGUCAUUAUUUUCAAUCAAAACACUGAACACUUUUUCCCCACGUGUGUUACAUCUUUCAUUUGCAUAUUGUUAUGAAAUACUAAAAUGGGUAAAUUUAGAUCAAAACUUAAAGGCAAAACGAAGGGGAAACGAUGGCAGAAAGGACAGUCAUCAAAUUCGAACCCGAAAAUUCAAAAAUACAGGGAGAUGGCAAAAUCCCGGUUUUUUCAGGAAAACUUAGGCAGCACUGGCUUAACACAGCAAGCGGUGUCCAAGCAUGAAGCUAUGAUGACAUAUGGACAUAAAACUAACAAAACAAAAUCAGAUGCUGAAAAUGAACUGACCAUAGUAAAAGAGCUUGAAAAUAUGUCGGUCAAGACCGGAGACGAGGGAUCAGAGUCUGAAUACUCUGGUACAUUAAGAUCAGGAACAUUUAAGACAUUUCAAACAUUUGCAUCUGAUUGGAGUCAAUGUUCAAAUAUCAGCUUUCAUAAAUUGCUAAAUCGUUUUGAUUCAAACAAUGCACUGCACAAGGAAAUGCUAGCAGUGCUGGCGGCUGUGACUGAAGUUAUCAAAGAACAAGGAGGUAAAGAGACUACAACGGAAUACUUUGCUGCUCUUAUGGAAACUCUAAAGGCAUCCGAACUGGAAGACAAUUUAGUAGCCACAAUAACUUUACUAUCAAUGGGCAUCAAAGCAGUACCACAAGCAGUACUGCGUAAACAAUUUUCGGACUCCUCAACAAUAUUUAUGGAAUUACUCGAGGAGCAUGCUCAGUCUGAAAAUGGAGCAUUGCUGAGGAGCACAAUUGGAUGUCUGUCGGUGCUGCUGAGAGCUCAGGAGUAUGCUGUCUGGGGUGAUUCAUCAACUAUGAGAGUGUUUGAAUCCGUUCUGGCCUUUGCACUGCACUCUAAACCCAAGGUUAGAAAAGCGGCACAACAUGCUGUGGUAUCUAUACUACGCGGAAGUAGCUUCAUGAUACCAUCAGAGGAUAAAAAAAUUAAGGUACCGAAGUUGCAUCCAGCUUCGAACCACGUGGCCGAGUACUGUCUUUCCCAGAUCAAAGCAGAGGCGCUGCUCUCCGGUCAUCGUCCUGUGUUGCACACACUGACCAUGCUACGAGAUGUGUUACCGGUGUUCAGCAAGGACAGUAUAAAGACUAUAUGCGAGGCUAUCUUAUCUCUAAUGACCCACAACAAUGUCUACAUCAAGACAUGCUGUCUCCAUACACUGCACUCUCUGUUUGCUGCACCACUGGACACUUGUAACUUGACGAGCGGGCUGGCUGUGCAGUUGACCAGAGCCUUAAUGGCUUCCAGGCCCCCGGCCAACGAUACAGGGCAGGUCUUGGCCUGGGCAGCUGUUUUGCAGCAGGGAUAUGGGUGUUUAGCUAAUCUAGAUUUGAAUCUGUGCGUGCCAAAUUUGCCGUCAUUUGUAAACAUAUGCGUAUCGGAGCUAUGGCUGUCCGAUGUUGCCAGCAUUAAUUCAGCUUCUACGAAUGCACUUAAGGCCAUCCUGCACGACUGCGUGAAGCCGGCCAUUGAAUCCGAUGAAAUAUUCGCGAAGCACAAAUCUCACGUAGAGGGUGUUUUCAAAGUGAUCGGAGCGGGCCUGGACAAUCCCUUCAAUCAAGCCAUCAGACACGUCAUAUUGACUAUCGCCGUCUGUUUCGAGAUAGCCAACGAAAAGAUAUCGAGCACCCUCGAGCCUCUGCUGAGGAAACUGAACGAUCGUCGGGAAAGCCACAACUUCCACAACGACAAGGAAGUCGAACACGCAACCGGAUGCGCCAUACGGAGCCUGGGUCCGGAGUUUGUUCUCAAAACUAUUCCGUUACGAGACAACCCUGAUUCGAUAAACCUGGAACGGAGCUGGCUGCUGCCGGUUUUGAAAGAAAAAAUAACGCAUUCGAAUUUAAAAUAUUUCGCAACGGAAAUUUUGGAGAUGGCAACAUUCUGCAGGAAGAAGUCUAGGGAGCUGUCACAGGCCGGCGACGUGCCGGGCUCGCACACGUACGAACUGCUCUGCAAUCAAUUCUGGGCUUUGCUGCCCAGUUUCUGCAAUAGCCCGAAGGAUAUCAAGGACACCUUCAAGUUCAUGGCCAGAGUGCUAGGUAACGUUCUCAAAGACAAUCCGGAGUUCAGACUGUCGGUGAUGCAGGCUCUGCGGAAACUCAUCGCUUGCUCGUUAGAAAACGACGAGGACAAGCUAGAGAUGAGCAGAUACGCGAAAAACUACCUCCCGAUCCUGCUGAACGUAUACAUGUCUCCUGCCAAGGGCAGCAGCGCGGAAGGACAGAGAUUAGCCGCUCUGGAGACCAUACAGGUAUAUCUAAGUAUAUCGGACGAGAACCUCAACCGAGAACUGUUCGACAACGCCGUGAAGCAAUUGGAAGCAGCACGAGACGACCACUUCCAGAGAGAGUCGAUAUUGGACGUGAUAAGAGUGUUGGUACUGUACCAAGAGAGCGAUCGAAUCGCGAAACUGUUCGACGACUGGCUGUACCCGCUGUGCGAGACCGUGCUGGAGGACCCGAGGACCUUCAAGAAGGCCAAGAAGAAAGCCGCAGCCAUGGAGGAAGACUCCGCUGAUAAGAAACCCGAACUCCGCUACAAGGACAAGGCGCGUCUCCUCGAGAUGGAGCACAAGAAAGCCUACAGAAUACUGGAAGAGAUAUUCAAGAGCGAGAAGGCUCCAUGCAAGGAGUUCCUUCGCUCGAACCACAAGAAGAUAAAGAAGUUGCUGAUGACGUCACUGAACAAAGUCGCCGACAGCAGCAAGGCCGCCAGAUUGAGGUGCCUAGAGUGCUUGAUCAACACGACGCCGACCCUGAACGCGGAGAGCAAGCUGCUGAGGAGUGCUAUAGCCGAGUCCGUUGUCUGCACGAGAGAUAUUAAUUCGAAAUGUCGCCAGUGCGCCUUCAAUCUGAUCACGUGCGUCGGGAACGUGCUGAAGAAGCAAGAUGGAGGGAUGCAAGGCUUCCUAAGCAUGGUACUGGUCGGCGUGUCGGCCCAGCCGCCGCGCGUGGUCAGCGCGACACUCCGCGCCCUCGCCUCGGUUCUAUUCAACUUCUCCGAGGAUAUGGGCCUGGAGACGGUCCAGGGUCUGCUGGAGAAGGUCGCCGAACAGAUGCUGAGCACCAACAGAGAAAUAGUGGCGGCCGCGCUCAGCUUUCUCAAGGUUUACACAAAGGUUAUACCCGUGGACGUCUUAGCCGGGAGCCUCCCGCUGAUAUUCAAGACUCUAUCGAACAUGCCCGAUGACUGCAAGCGUCAUUCUCGUCUCGAGAUAGGCUAUUUCCUGAGCAAGAUGCUGAGGAAGUACGGAGCGGACACGGUUGAGAAGCUGAUACCGAAAACGGACGAGGUCAUGUUGCGUAGAUUCAGGAACAUCAGGAAAAUGGAUAACAGGAAGAAGAGACUGAAGGAGCGGAACGCAGACCAGGAUUCUGAAUCUGAAACAGAGACGCCGAUCAAGGGCACGUCGAACACCCUGGAAGACAUUCUGAAGGAUUCGGACUCCGACAUGGAGAUGGUGGAUGAUGAAGUCGCGCCGAAACCCAAAGCGAAGAAGACGCGCAGCCAGGCCUGGAUCCAGGACGACCCGGAGAACAUCGUCGACCUGGCCGACGUGUCAGCCAGCAGGAAAAUCACUGCUACGAAUCCAAGAAGCGAACAGAGAACGACUGAGCUGAAGUCGCAGCGGAGUAAGGACGGCGGGUUCCGGACGGCCCCAGACGGCCGACUCAUCAUCAGCGACCAGACCUUCGAUGAUGACGACGACGAACCGAAGCCCAGCGGCGACGUUGACUCGGACACCGAUGAUACAGACAACGAAACCCAAGGCGGCAAGCCUUCGAAGCUUCUGAAGCCCGGAACGAAACGGCGCUACGACGACAUCCUGAGCAUCAGGAGCGGCAGGAGCAACCGCAGCCGGGCCUCCACCGCCACCGUCGGCUCCAAGUACAAGACCGGGGGGAAGGGGAUACACAGGAAUUUAGAUUCUGCGGCGUCUGUAGCGUCUACGCUGGGAGGUGAUUACAGACCGAAGAAAGCCAAGGGCGAUAUCAAGAAGAAGGGCAAGCACGAUCCUUACGCCUACCUACCCCUGUCCAGGACAAAUCUCAAUAAAAGGAAAAAAUCUGUCAACAGCAAACAGUUCAAAGGGAUAGUGAAAUCAAAAACAAAAGGAGUUCGAAUCAAAUCAAAAAAAGGAAAAUAAAUAAAAAUAAUUUAGCUGCCUCAGUUACAGAACGUAAUAUGUGUAACUGCUAAUAUUAGAAUUUGUUAAAGCAAAUUUUACAUUUAUUGUUUGUUUUUUGACGGUAGUCUUUUGUCGAGAGAUACGCUAACUUGGAAAUAAAAAGCUAAGAAUAAUUAACAAAAUAACAAAUUUAUUUUGUUAACGUGAGGACAAUAAAUUAUAAGAUUUAAA